UUUCUGCUGGCGCUCCUCGCCGUCGCCGUCGCCGUCGCGGUGGAGGCGCACGACGCGUCGGCCGAGGAGCCGCCGCGCCCGCUGGUCAUCCAGCUGCCCACGGAGCGGGCCGAGGAUGUGGAGCUGCGGUGCGCGAGCUGGAGGACGGCGGGGGAGGCCAACAACCUGGCGCCGUGGGCGGCCGUGCCGGAGGACUGCGUGCCGCACGUGCGCGCAUACCUCACCGGCCCCGCCUACCGCUCCGACCUCGACCUCCUCGCAAGGGAGGCCUCCGCCUACGCCCGCGCCACAGCCGCCGCCGCCGCCGCCACCGGCACAAACGAAGCCACCGCCGGCGCCUGGGUCUUCGACAUCGACGAGACGCUGCUCUCCAACCUCCCCUACUACGCGCAGCACGGAUACGGGCUGGAGCUGUUCGACCACCGGGAGUUCGACCGGUGGGUGGAGACGGGGGAGGCGCCGGCGAUCCCCUCCAGCCUCCGCCUCUACAGGGAGGUGCGCGACCUGGGAUUCAAGACCUUCCUGCUCACCGGCCGCAGCGAGGCCCACCAGGCCGUCACCGUCGACAACCUCAGGAGACAGGGCUUCCACGACUGGGACAAGCUCAUACUCAGGGCAGCAGCCGACCGGGAGAAAACGGCGACGGACUACAAGUCGGAGAAGAGGAAGGAGAUGGAGGCGGAGGGGUACAAGAUCCUGGGCAACUCGGGCGACCAGUGGAGCGACCUGCUGGGCUACUCCAUGAGCGCCCGCUCCUUCAAGCUCCCCAACCCAAUGUACUACAUCCCCUGACGAAACAGAGCAAACAUGAUCGGUGGGCAUAGUGUGAAGAAUGCAGUGUUUAUUUGUCUGUUGCAUUCGUCACGCCGGCCCGAUUGAUUGAACCGUGUGUGUACUGACUGACUGAGUGUGCAAAGCAAAAUUGAGAAUGAAUUGAGAUGGAAGAAUUAAUUUGCGAAUGAGUGUGCAUACAUUGGGCUUGUGAAUGUUGACUUCAUGGACA